CGCGGCCGUAAACAAACACGAGAGGAGAGAAAAGCCGCGAAAAGACCGCAGAGCUCACCUGUCUGCAGCUCACCUGUAAGCAGCAUCAGAAAGUCAAAAUGUUGAGGAGGAAACCGACUCGUCUGGAGCUGAAGAUCGAUGACACCGAGGAGUUCGAGAGCGUCAAGAAGGAGCUCGAGGCCAGGAAGCGUCAGCGAGAGGAGGCGGAGUCAGGGGGAGGGGGCGGUGCUUCCGUUAUAGGCGUUGACGUAAUCGGGGGCGGGGCUUCGGCUUCUUCCUCUACAACGGCAUCGAGGGCGGAGCUUAUUAACGAGCGAAUCGGCUACAAGCCCCACCCCAAACCGGCCACGCUGCCGACCUUAUUUGGAAGUUUACAGUUUUAAUAAACACCUUUAAAUGAA